AUGAGAGCCAUAUUGUUUUCUCGUAUUAUAGACUGGCUAAAACCAUUACAGUUUAUCGUAUCUAUUCAUCCUGUUAUUAGCAAACGAACAUUUACAGUUGCAUUUAUUAAUCGGCAAUCAGCACUGUACACUGACGUACGACGCGUACGUGCACGUCGAGAUAGAUCCUCAAAAAAUGAUAGCAGACUGCUAUUUUCAUCGGAAGCAUCAAAUAAUUGGAAUGAUGUUCCAAUUGUAAAAGCUUUUGUACAUAUCCCUGAUAAUUUCAACAAUCCAAUUAUAGCAGUUUAUUGGAAUGAUAAUAGCGAAUGUAAUCGAGUCAAGGAGCAUUCCGUAAGAUCGACAACGAAAGCUGAAAUUGAAGCUGUUUGCUUGGCACUGAAACAAGCAGUUUUCAAAAUGAAUUUACCACGCGUCCGUAUUGUUACAAAUUCGAAAUUUGUUUGGAAGCAUUUUGGUAAAACAUCAUUAUGGUGGAGCUUAGAUGAAUUUCUACAACAAAAAUCGAUGACAUUUAGCUUGUGCUUAGCCGAAGCUGGAGAUUUAUAUCGAUUACUACACAUGAUCGAUGCGACUAUUGAAUACAGUUCUUCCAUUGAAGAAACAGCUAAGAAAUUUUUCGAGAAUCUGAUGAACAGAAAAGUGAGCAAGCGGGAAUCUGAAAAUAAGAAGCCCUCUCCAAUAGUUUCAUUAAGAGCAACUUUGGGAAAAGUGCAGAAGAGAAGUACAGAUAUAUUUAUACCAGAAACACCAUCAGCAGAUUCAAAAAACUGUGCUUCCAAAAACCUAUCGAGUGAUGAUGUUCCUACUGUUUAUACAUGUGGCGUUUUACAUGUCGAAGGAAAUGAGAAGAAGUAUGUUAAGGCAGGUUGUGGUGUUUAUUGGCCACAUGCGCAGGAAUUAGGUACCGGAAGACGUUAUAAUUUCUACCCUAUAACUUUAGUUCGAUGUCAGUUACAAGCUAUAAUUGAUGCUCUGCAACAGGCUGUAAACCAAAAUUACCGCAAAAUUGUCCUUCGUACUGAUUGCGUCUCUUUUUUGGUUCAUCAUUCACGUCAGUGGUUAAAAGCUAAUGGAUCCUAUGUGAGGUAUCAUGAUCAAUAUCUAAGGAUUAUGGAUUUAUGUAAAGGCAUCAAUGUAAAAUUUCAACCAGCAAAUGAUCGAGUUGCUUUGAGUCAAGCAGAAGCACUAGCUGAAAAUGGUGUUUGCUUACCGAUACCAUCCAGAAGAUCUCAAAAGAAAAUGUAUGAUAACAAAACUUCAAAUGCUACGGGUGUUAAAUGUUCAUUGUAG